CUUUUCAGCGUUGUCAAGGCAGCCUCAGAGCACGGCUGGCUGGCGGAAAGUAGCUGCAGUGUCCUGGCAAAAUAUCUGUCCAAAAAACGUUCACUAAAACUGUCCCGGAAAGUUAGGUGUAACUCAAAGGACACCGGCAUUCCGAUGUGAUGUCUGAGAGAUUUGGCAGCUGCUCAGCAGAGCACAAACACCUACUGCGGCAUCAAACAGUAGGACGCCAUGUGAGUUAAUGGCAGUGAGGAUUCUGGACUGAGGGGAUGAAUUGAACCAGUGUGUCAAGGGAAGAGCCAACCACUACUGUUGGAUGAGAACUGAUGGGCUGUCCAAGCUGGCAAUAGCAUGCCAACUGCAAAAGGUAAAGGUGGUCCAAUGUCCCACCGCUACCGGCCUGCCGCAGAAUACGAUGAUGCCACCCUCGCCCAAAAGAGAGAAUACUGGAGAAACAAGAAGCGAGAGCAGAGGGCUCGACUGUCCGAGAGGAGAAGAAAGCCAACGCAAGACAGAGGGAAAAAGCUCCUACAUCUAAAUCCCCCUGCAGUGGUGAAUUCCAGUUUAUCUGGCUCCUUUGCUGCUUUCUCGUCUCCUUUGCAGAGUAAUGAUGAGUCAGACAAAACAGCCAAUGUCUCUCCUGUAUUACAGAUUGGAAAUACAGUGGGGAAUAGCUCAGUUGAAGCCACCCAAAACCAAAAGGAGAAAUGGCUCCAGACAAUGAAACUCAACAAGGUCUUGCCUCAGUUGCCAGCAUCGUAUUCCAUCUCAGCCAAAACUGCUGGGGGUGACGCAGCCACAGUGAAAUGUUUAACAGCAAGGGGUGCUGUGAGCAGAGCCGUUACCUCACCCACACCCACACCCAGUGGAACCCAGCUGAACACCUGUUCCUCAGUGCCUCCAGUAAGAGUGACCAGAAUUACCAAUGGCAGCUCAGCUAAAACAACACCUCAGCCAUGUGUGUCUAUGCAGGGAGCAUCAGUCUCCAAAACGCAACAUAAGGCACAAGUUGCAUUACGCAUUCAGCCCAAACUCUCACCCACUAAUGUGACCACAGGUAUGAUUCUUGUGUCUUCUCCACAUGGCCCUGUUUCUGUUAGAAAAGAGGGCAAAGCAGCGAACACAACACCUCAGAGUGGAACAAAGAGUGCCUUGGUCACCCUGCAGAGGGCUAAAGGUGUUAGCAACUCACAUCCUUCCCUGGAGUCUGAGGAGGAGAGAGCGGCCAAGCGCAGGGAGCACUGGCGGAUCAAAAAGCGAGAGCAGAGAGCGAAAGUGGCAGCUCGAAUAGCUAAAACCAGAGAAAGGACACAAGGUGUGGAGAUGAUGUUACACAGGCAAACAGCACAAAAAACGGGACUCGUGGGUGGCACGAUUCUUCAGAAUCUUCCAUCCAGAGGAGUAGGCCAGAAGUGUCCUACUCGAGUCAAAACUUCUUUUACAUCUGCCAAAAGGGAAAAUGAUAAACUGGAAAGCGGGGCAGCAAGUUUAGCUACAGCUAAUCCACCUGGGAAUAGGACGACACAGACAUCUGAUGUUAUUUCUGUGAAAAAGCCAGGGGAGACACAAAGAAAGUUUCCAAGUUAUGUCUAUCUUUCCAAUGUUUCCCGAGGGAUUGCACGCUGUAAAACACCUAGACAGAGGUUCAUCGAAGCCCAGAAGAAUUUCAUGAAUCAAAGAAAUAUAAGAUGUAAAUCCCCAUUGCUUGCCUCAGUCUUUGGUACCAGAAAUAUCCCCAAGAUUGACCCCAACGACACACCUGAGCAGAUAAUAGCCAAACGGCGAGAGUACUGGCGGAUUAAAAAGCGCGAGCAGCGGGCUAAGCUGUCGAUGGAGGUGAAGGCUCGGUUGAAGGAGAAGGACUCCCUGAUGCGGAGAGUGAAACGUUACCAGAAAAUCCUUGAGGAAAUGAGGAGGGCCAGAGCGCUUACACAGUCAGCAGGAAGCACCCUCACGCACGCCUCUGAGACCAUUGGAGGGUUCAUCAAAGAGGACGGGACAGUGACUAUUAACAUUCCCCAGGUUCCUACAGAUCACAACACAGCAGCACACAAAAGUGAAGAGGAACUUCAUGUAGUUUCUAAUAAUACCCCUGUCACAAAACCUCAGCAUCAGCCUGAUACUAAACAGAGAAGUAUCGCACCCAUUUGUGUAAACCAGCCUCCCCCUCCACUCCACCCAGCUCAGGUGAAAGUCUCUUUGUCUCUUCCUGUACAGUCUGUCAACAAGCCUCCAAGACUACUGUCAAUCAGACCAAGGACACAACUUGAAAGCACAACUGUUCCAACUAAUUCACACUCGUUAGAUAUCCAAACUGUAAGUCAGCUCACACUCACUCAUCCUCAGACCCCUCAAAAUGGCAUCUCUGGAGGAUCAACAACAGGAUCUAACCUUGGUGGCUGUGUCAUGAAAAUGGCGGUCUCAAGUAGUGCACCAGCAGUGCUCUCUCUGGAUCCAGAGCUGACAGAGGAGGAGAAGAUGGCAAAGAAGAGGGAAUACUGGAGGAUAAAGAAACGUGAGCAGCGAGCAGCUCGUGCUGCUCGGCUGAAGCAGGGUGUCUUGCAAGCGAGGGUCAGUGCGGCCUUACAGAGGCGGAAGUCCCAGAAGCAAGUAGCAGUAAGCACUGUACCAAUAGGCAGGAGGCUUACUAACCAUACAGGAAAUGCACAACCUCUCCCCAACAACAGUGUGCCUGUUACGCCACAUACAAGUGAGAUAAAACAAGAGAGUGAGUCUAUGCCAGCGGUUGACCUAAAUUCUCAACCAGAGCAAGCCAUCUGUCCAGAUAUCAAACCCCCAACACCACCUCCAGCGCCUCAGCCAGAGCCUGACCCAGCUAUGAAUGCAGACAGCCAAGCUACUACUCUGCUAGCCGUGGCCUCUAUGAAGAAACUCCUGGAGGAAUCACUUAGCACAGUGGCGGAGUGUAAAAGUGAGCAGACUGACAUCAAAAUAGAGUCAACAGAAGAGAGUUCAGAUUCAGAGAUGAAGCCAAAUUUAUCUCAGCUCUUUUUUGAAAAGGAUGAGGUGGCUCCUAUGGCUGCUGACCUGACGUUGGAGAUAAAGAGCUGGCAGCCAGACACUGAUGCUUUGGUACAAACAGGUUCCUCAGACCCUCAUCUGAAGGACUCACCGCAAAUUACAGAGACACCACCUCUUCCUACCUCUAGUGAGGUAGACCUGCACCCCACCUGUGAGCACUCAUCCCAAACCAGUUCGAACUUCAUAGUAAACCCCAUGGAAACCUCUCACAGCCCAUCUUCACCACGUAGAACCCAGAGACUUCGCAACAAAAAAGCAGGCCAUCAAAACUGCUGUUCCCCAGAGCCGCCAAAGCUACAUCACCUACCCAUGGAUCAACUACUGCAACAACACUGUGAACAACAGUGUCAGGCACAAGAACAGUGCCAAAACAGCAGCUUGCCAUCAGCACAACGACAUCGCAGUGUGGAGAACAGCGGCCUGACCAGCCUGCAGAGGAAGAGGGAGUACUGGAAGCUGAUGAAGAGGCAGCAGAGGGCCAGGUUAAAGGCAAGGCAGACAGAAAGACCGGGAGAGGGAAGCAGUCGGCUUUCCCAGAAAAACAUCCAGGCUCCAGGUCUUAUUAUCAACACUGUUAAGGUUAUAAAUCCCCCAGCAAAACCAUCCCUUCAGCCCAGGCCAUCUGUUGCUUCUCUGACUGCAGUGACCAGUAUCCCUACUGUCCUGGUUGUUAGCCCUACAACAUGUAAUGCUGACCAGUCACCUGACACACUCCAGGUCAAAUUGCCCAUCGCCAGUGUUUCCUGUUCACCCAGAAAUGAGCAAAACAAAGUGAAUGUUGGGCCUUCACAGAUUGAGUCUGACUAUCUAGAAGCUGCAGAGAAUCAGCAACAAGCCAUGCCAGGAUCACGAAAGUGGAUGUCUAGAAGCACAGAUGUAGACCCAGUUCCCUGCCUCCUUACUCUGAAGCCUCCAGACAACCCACUGUCCAGCAUCAACCUGCAACCCAUUGAACCACUUGGUCAAAUGCCAGAUUCCACCCUCAGUCCAAUAAAAAUCCAUUGUGCCCAACUUCAGAGCCCUGCACAUAUGAUACAACCUUCCACUAAGCUGGCACCUAUAAGCACCAUGGUUCCACCAAAGCCCAUCCUAGGGGAGUCUGAGGAGGAUUAUCUGAGGAGGAAACGGGAGUACUGGAGGAUAAAAAAGAAGGAACAGAGAGCUAGGAAGGCCAUUCGGGAAAAGGGAAUAACCCCAAGGAGAAGCUCCAACAACUGGAGGCCCAUCCUGCCUGCCCAGGACCUACAAACACAGGAUUCUGGUCAGUGGGUGAGCUCCUCUGAGGAGUCAGAACAUCUAAUGAGCACUUCAGUGGAUACCGACCCGGGAUCAUUUCCAUACUCAAAUUACACAGCACCAGUAGAAGAUGAGUCGGAGCUUCUGUUCGCUGACUAUGAGAAUAAUAACAACGAGGAAGGUCCAGUCUCAGACGCUGUGUGGAGGAACCGCUACCUCAUGGACUACGAUCCUCUCAACCAGCUGCUGGUGUGCAUGGUGUGUGGGGAGCUGCAGUACUCACACAGCCUGGAGGGAGUGAGGGCCCACAUCGACGAAGCCCACCCAGACACCCUGACCCUGGAGCCAGGGGAGCAACAGCAAAUACUUGAGGCCUGGGACGAGCAGGUGUCCCAGCGGGAACGCUUCUUCACCAGCCAGCUCCAGCAGCACAGCGGGGCCCUGGCAGAAGUACACAACAGAGACCGAGUCAACUGAGGACCACAGACCAGGAGACAAAACCCAUGCUUUAUUUGUCUUAUUUAUUUAUUGUAAUGUUUUUUUAUCAAUUUGUUUACCUUAAUAGAAAGUCACAUUGAAAGAAAAUGCUGUAUAGGAAACAUUCACCCUGAAAAGCAGCUUUACCUCAUUUACUACCAGGGUUGUAAUGUGGGUUCAUGAAAUUCAGAAUGGAAGUUUUAUAUUGAAGCUGCCACAACUGAGAUUUUGUGAUCAUAUUUAAAAUAUUUAAAAUAAAACAUCCUGGGAAAUUAUUUUGCGCUAAGUUAGGCUAAAAGCAUUGUAGACCUGUCUGAUAUAUUGAAAUAACUUUCAUAUUCUUGCUCUACUUUAAUUCAGCCAUUUUAAACUUUAACAACCAUAAGCAUUCAAUGUUUCCUACAGACAAUAAAACCCUGUCUUUGAAUAGACUGUGUAACUUUUGCUGAACAGUGGCCAAUGUGGCCAUCAGUGCCAUUUACUAGAUAAUUGCAAUUUUCCCUCAUUUCCCAAGAUUCUCUUGAGUCAGUUGCUCUAAAGACAGCAUUACGUGACCUGAUAGAGAGCGAGUACAACAGGACCACAAGCAGGAAACACCAAAGUCCUGGUGAUGUAAUGUACGCUGUGUGUACUUACUUUUGCUUAACCUAGCCCUGUUUGUGACCUCCGCACUUUGUAGGAAAGUCCGUGAUAUGGUCACCUAGUGUUUCCCAUGCAGACUGUUGGGGAACAAUCAAAGGUAUUCUCAUAUUAGUUUCAACAUUUUUCAGAUAUUUUUGUUAUCCUUUUGUGACCGUUGAAAAUACAACCAGCAGCUGGAUAUCAGGUUAAAGGUCAUUUUUCCUCUAAGGUUUGCAAAGGUAAGGUUAGCUACCAAUUGUUGUAGCUAAUGAGUUAACCGCUAACUCACUAACCAGCCAGGCUAGUGCUAGUCAUUCAUAAUAGCUCCUGGAAAUUCUCUUCUGUUAUAUUUAUUUCCCCAUGGCCUUUGUGUUCACCAUUGUACUACACUCUGUUCAACAUAAAGUUUAUAGAGAAGAUAAAGCUCAGCAGCUUAGUCCCUAAUGAGACAAUAAGUUCACACAGUUCAUCCAAAAUUCGUAUUUGUACCGUUGACCUAUAUCUUAUUACUGUCUCCAAACCAUUGGUGUUUUGUGGAGGGCCUAAUACUCUCAAUACACAGGAGGUUUAAAUAACAGUGAAUAGGCUCAGCUAACAGGUUACAAGCUUCCACCAUUUUGGACUCUCCGGCUCUCCCUCAGAGGUCAGCACUGUCAAGACCAAAAUCAGAGUUGACCAAAGUUAAACUUGACACAAAAUAUUCACACGCAUUUUAUUUGGCACUGGAAGUGCAUCUACUAAUCGCGCAGAUACCAUUGGAAUUAAUUCGAAUUAUUGUAAAAUAUGACUGUGACCAGGCCUUUUGGUUGUAUGGCAAGCCAAAAGGACAUACAUUGUGAAAUUGAAUCCAUGUUUUUGAGCAUCACAGCUUAGAACUAUCCCUCUCAGAAUUUGAUAAAUGUGGUCAGAGAUGGAUAAUUGAAUCAUUUUAUCUCCAUGCAAGUUAGCAGAGGGCUCAACAUUAGCUAGCUGGUUUGGGGCGCAUAGACGUGCAGGAAGUGGCUGCUUCCUUAGUCACGAAUUGGGCUAACAGUCAUAAAGUAGGCAGACUCAAUAAUGUCCUUUACACCGCAGUAUGUUGUUAUAUAAGUUUGCUAACAUUAGCUACCCUAAGAUACUGGCCAAGUAAGAGUAUGUAUCAGUGUCUUUUAGGAGUGUCUUUUAUUUUUGCAAAAUUUCCAUUGCAAAAAUUUGGUGAAAGCAAACAAAUCUGUUCACACACUAUUAAAUUCUCUAUUUUCUUCUGAGACUUUUGGGGAUUUGGAAACCAUAGCUAACCUAGCGAGGCAGACUGAAGACGAGAGCCAUUGCUAUUGAGGUUCAGCAAAAUAUAGAGGAAAGGCUCCAGGUCAGAACAUAUGACACACAUUUUACUUGACUCUUUUUUUUUAAAUUAACUAUUAUAUAACCAUUAUUCAUUUCCAUAUCAUUUUUUUAUCAAAGCCACAGGGAGCCACAGGAGAUGGGCUAAAGAGCCGCAGGUUGCCUAGCCCUGUUCUAAGAAAAGAGUGAUGUUAUUUCUUCUUUCAAAAGUUACACAGUCUUUCUUAAGCUAAACUGAUAAACAGUCAGUAGUUAAAAUAACUUUUUGUCAUAUUUGCUGAAUCUGCUGAAAGAGGGCAGAAAGAUAUAAACAUGCUUUGGGUUGGAUUGUUGACUCUCAUUUCCACUGUCAGUAUUAUUUGAUAACCUGGACUCAGACUCAAUAAUCAACUAUCUUUCUUGGCUCUGAUUGGUUGUUUUCAUCCAGACCUGGUGGAUUCUUGUAAAUCCCAUAAGGAGCACUAGGAGGAGCCAGAGGAACCUGAUUGUUACACAGAUGAUCUGUCUGAUGUUCUACUGUGACAAAAAGUUGUUUUUUAUAAAAGUUACCUACUGCAGCUUUAACUUCUGCAGACCCACCGUACCUUAUUCAGUAAUAAGCAAACUAUCCUAAAUAUAUCACUGGUUUCAAAUGGAGAAUUAAUGUACAUCAAACAUUGUUGAACAAUUCAACUAAUGAAUAAAAUUUGUUAAAAAACGUUAAAAUACAAUGUCAGGAUGUGUUUGUGACAUUGAUAGAUACAAUAAAUUCUACAUUAAAUUUAGAUUCAAACCCCCUGUUCAACCAGCUAUAAGAAAAGAAACUCAUACUUUUUACUGUAGUUCAUUUGUUUGAACUAACAGUUACUCUCUGUUUUGUAUAAAGUUUUUUUCUGCUUUGCUGGCAGGCUUGCAUUCAGGUCCGAGACUGUUCUAGACCCUUAUCAGAUAGUUGCAUGGGCGCCCUGAACUGUUUUUUGUAUGUGGUACAGCACCAUGCUGUUCUUCAAACCCUGAACCAUAUAUAUAUUCCUCGAUUACAACUUUUUAUAACUUUUUUACGGUAACUUUCUCAUCAUCUCCCGUGGUUCAUAUCAGCUUCGCCAUGUGUCGUAAAGCAUCAACCAUCUGCACUGUAAAUACACAAAAUACUUAAGUGGUUAUGAGAUGCCAAAUUUUCCUUUGACUGUGCUGUUUAGCAUUUCUUGAGCAACUUUAUUUAUUAUUUAUUGAAUCUCCUCUUAUAUAAUGAUUAUUGAUGAUGCAUUAUUCCCAUCCAUAGAUAGCUCCAUGUUAGACAGACGUUUCUCAUUUGUGAGUAUUGAGGAUCCAAAGGCUUUCCUGCAUGAGUAGUAAAUGGAUGAACAGUUGUAUAUCGGAGAUGAACUCUGGAAUGCAUUCCCAUGUUUUUGGAUGAUUUUCAUUAAGAGUAAAAAUGCUGAAAUAAUCUUCUGUUUGAGCACAAAGCUGUGGAGGAGACUGCUUGCACAGCCACAACACAGUGUGAAUAGCUUGAAGGGAGCAAGCUAUUCUACCUUCUGAGAAUGUAAUUCUGACUUGAUGACUUGUUUACCAGUUCAAAGGGAAUGUUUAAAUGCCUUUUCAGUAAUAAACCUUUUCUACCUUUGGGCUUA